GCCCCCCCGUCCUUCCCCCUCCAUCUUCCCCACCCUACCAUUUCAAAUCACUCUCUCCACCCCCCUGCUCGUCGUCGGCGUCGCCAAUCCACCCAUCAACUCCCAGAUCUCUCCCCCUCUCGCUCGCGCUCGCCGCGGAUGUCCUCGUCGGCGCGCUUCGACCUCCGGGCCUCGUCGCAGCAGCUGCAGGCGCCGGCGUCGCACGCCGGCAUGAGCGACGGGGGCGCGUUCGCGAAUGCGGGGAACCUGGAGCACUGCGCCCGGUACCUCAACCAGACGCUCGUCACCUUCGGAUUCCCGGCCUCGCUCGACCUCUUCGCCACCGAUCCGAUCUCGAUUGCAAGAACAUGCAACUGCAUCUACGCAUUGCUGCAGCAGCGCCAGAGGGACAUUGAGUUCAGGGAGUCUACAAAUGAUCUGCGGCAGCGUAUGCAGUCGGAUAUUUCACGUCUGGAAGCCAAGAUUGAAAGAAUGGAUGCUCAAUUAGCAGCCAAAGAUCGGGAGCUAGCCACACUUACUCGAACAGAGGCGAAAAACACUGCAGCCUUGAAAUCUCAGAUUGAUAAGCUGCAGCAAGAACGUGAUGAAUUUCAGAAAAUGGUUAUAGGAAAUCAGCAAGUACGCACCCAGCAAAUCCAUGAAAUGAAGAAGAAAGAGAAGGAAUACAUAAAAUUGCAGGAGAAGCUUAACCAGGUAUUAAUGGAGAAGAAAAAGGAGUCCUCCCGUUCUGGAAUGGAAAUAAUGAACUUGUUGCAGAAAGAAGGACGGCAACGUGGAACUUGGAAUGGAAAAAAGAAUGACAACGAUUAUUACAAAAUGAUUGUUGAUGCAUAUGAAGUGAAAAAGCAAGAACUGAUGCAGGAGAAUGCUGAUUUACGGGCACUAUUGCGUUCAAUGCAGAUGGACAUGCGUGAGUUCCUCAAUGCUCCGAAUGGAUCAUCACAGCCUACCGUUGCUGCCAAUGGAAGAAAAGAGGCAGGGUCUCCUCAGUCCCCGCUAGGUGGCAAGACGGAUGUCUUUGACCUGCCAUUUCACAUGGCAAGAGACCAGAUAGAAGAGAGUUUGCGCACAAAAAUGGCUUCAAUCAAGGCACGAAUGACGCAACUUCAAGAUGCUCAAAAAGGUGCUGAAGUGACCUCUGAGGCUACCGAGCGUGAGCUUGAACUCGAAGCUCAGCUGGUUGAAGCAAGGAGCAUCAUUCAAGAGCAGGCCUCCAUCAUGUCCAAGCACUUCACCAAGUCUGAUAAGCCAAGCGGCAGGAGGCAUAGUGGUCUGGAUGGCGAGCGAGAGGCGUCUGCCGAGGUGUGAAAAUGGCAAGACCUCUUUUUUAGUAAGCGCUCAGGUAGUAUGUUGCAGGAUAACGUCUUCCUGGCAUGGUAGCCUGAGUCUAGGCGCCGUCGAUGCAGUAUGAUGUCCAGGAGCAUCUCCUCCGGUGCAUGGCUAACCUGGUUCACCUCUACUAGUUACGUGUAGCGUAAGUGUAAUUGUAAUCCUACCGUUUGAAUUAUGGCAGUGUAGCUACCUUACACAUAGUUACAUCCCUGGAAGAAAUGCACCCAUUGGACGUGGCUUACAGGAGUGUUGUUGGCAUGCCAUGUUAGCAACGUUGUACAUGCAAUUAGCCAUGGCUAGUCUACAGAAUGUGGACUGCAGCAGGCUGUCAACUGUCGCUGCUAUGGCACAAUCUGGUUUGCGGCAUGGUGCAGUUACCAUUGGAUCGAAAUAGGGGCUGAAUCUUUGCUUGAGUGCAAGUUGAUGCUUGUUACUGGAACA